GAAAAAUUCGAACUUCCACGUUAAACUUUAGUAAUUAUUUUUAUCAUACUUAGUCCUACCCACUCCCCCCAAUUCAUCUUCUUCACCCCUUUAUUUAUCCUCUCUCUUCAGUCCUCACUGGGCUACACCCGCACAGAACAGACACAGGAAAAGCUCAGCAUCGCAUUCGCAUUCACAUUCCUCAGCCUCUUCUGCACAUAACACAAAAGAAACUUAAAGUUCUUGAGAGAGAAAGAGGGAGAGAUAGAGAGAGAGAGAGAGAGAGAGAGUGAGAGAGGGAGAAGGAGAUGGGGAAUUACAGGUUCAGAUUGUCAGACAUGAUCCCCAAUUCCUGGCUGCACAAGCUCAAGGACAUGAACAGAACCAGGUCAUCAAGAACUCAUCACCAUCAUCAGCAGCAGCAGCUUUCUCCUCCUCCUCCUCCUCCUCCUCCUCCGGUCAAGAAGAAGCAGCCGCCCUCCUCCGCCACGCCGCCGCGCUCCUCCAGCUCGACUUCGAACCCGCUUCCGGACCACCCCCAGUUCCAUCCCAGGAAGUCCUACCACUUCGCCAGAGACACCCCCUCCCCACUUCCCCAGCCCCCGAGGAAAUCGGCCAGGCAGCGGCGGCCCCCGCGCCGGCCCCACCGCCGCUCGUCCCCGCGGGUCGUCGCCUCCUCCGUCUCCGCCGGCUGCAGCUGCCGCGCCACCGCCACGCUCGACUCGUUCUGGGGCAAGCCCGAGCCCGUCCUCGAGUGCUCCGCUUCUCCUCCGUCAGACACCUCCACCGCCUCCGACUCGGAGGAGCUGCUCCCAGUAUCCGAUGAUCUGCCCCGGCUGAGCCCCGACGAGCCGCCGUGCGGCGGCGGCGGGGGGGCCGUCGCGCACCGGUCGUUCGAUCAGAUGGUGUCCUGGUCCAGCUCUUCGUGCCGGUGCAGAGUACUCGACUCUGACGAGGCGACUGACGGGAAGCAAGCGAAGAGCCCAGAUGGGUGCGAGUCAGUGUCGACAGAGAUCGAGCUUCCUCCGAUACUGACAAAGCCUGCGAACUUCAGCGACAUGGUCGAGAAUCUGAAGAACAGAGAGACCCGCGAGCCGACCAGGAGCCGGACGGCCUCGCAGCUCUCGGUCAGAGUCGUGAAGGCGGAGCACGUCACGGUGCAGGAGCACGGCAAGGCCAGGCGGUCGUUCUCCGUGAGCUCGCCGGGGGUGAAGGUGAGGAUCAACUCCCCGAGGCUAGCGAGCGCCAAGCGGGGUCAGAGCCAGAGCCAGAGCCAGAGCGCUCAGCACCCCCGCCCCGGCCGGAAGAGCGUGUCGUCGCCGUCGCCGUCGGCGGCGGCGGGGAGGAGGAGGCGGAGCGUGUCGGACAGCUUCGCCGUCAUGAAGGCGUCGGUCGAUCCGCAGAGGGACUUCAGGGACUCGAUGAUGGAGAUGAUCGUGGAGAACGACAUCAGGGCCUCCAAGGACCUGGAGGAGCUUCUGGCUUCCUACCUGUCGCUGAACUCGGACGAGUAUCACGACCUCAUCAUCAAGGUCUUCAAGCAAAUCUGGUUCGACCUGAAUUGCACUCGCUUGAAGUGAACUUUCUUCUUAUUGGAUUCAAAUAGCGACGGCGACGGCGACGGCGACGGCUCUUGUAUACGUUUGACUCAUUUUAACCUAAUGUCUAUUUCUAAUAUCCUCAGUAUAUACCAGUCCUCUUCUAAUAAAAGCUCACAUUGCUUAUAGAGAA